AUGGAUUACAGCUUCUACGGCGCUUCGCAGCAGCCCUACCAGUACUUGGGCAUGCCGCCAAAUACCUUUGCGAGCUCCGGAAUCGACACCGACCCAAUGCGCAGUGUUGAACCUCUCGAUGCGGGCCUCUUCUCAGGCACCUACGACGCCUUCGCUCUCCAUGGGUUGCCGACCCCGCAGCAUGGCGGCUCGCCAGACAUGGCCUCGCAGACGCCUCUGCCGACCGUUGGCAGCUUGGAUUCGGGGCUGGGCGGGGAGAUGGACGACGGCGGCGCAAGCAGAACACGGAGCAGCAGCGAGGAGAAGGAAGCCAGCCUCCAUCUCACGCCCGCGCAGAGCAGGCGGAAAGCACAGAAUAGGGCAGCACAACGCGCCUUCCGCGAACGCAAAGAACGCCAUGUGCGCGACCUCGAAGCCAAGCUCAACGCCCUCGAAAACAACACACAGUCCCUGCAGUCCGACAACGAGCGCCUGAAGCUGGCCUUGCAGCGCGCCCGCAUCGAAAACGAGGUCCUCCGCGCCACCUCUGGCCACUCGCCGCCUGUGUCGCGCAGAGUCUCGGCCAGCUAUCCUUCGCCAGGCGCCCACCUCCCAGACGAAGACGUGGAGCACGAAGAAGACGCAUACAACGUGCAGUCACUCAGCAACGGCAGUGUUCUCAACGCGGCGCACAAAGACCACGCCGCCUCUCGCCACACGUCCAAGGGCAAGGAGGUGCCCGCAGCUCAGGCAUGGGACGUGAUACAGUCUCACCCACUGGUCAAGCAGGGGCUGGUGGACGUCACCGACGUCGUUGAGCGCUUGAAAGGCGCUGCCAAGUGUGACGGCCACGGGCCAGUCUUUGAAGAAAGCACAAUCUGGCAAGCGGUUGAAGAGUCGAGGCGGAGCGGUGGUGACGAGCUCAUCUGA